AUGCUCUCGAGCUCAAAAAACUUGCUGAAAAUCUUUGUUUUUUUCCUGAUUCUUGCAUUGAUUUCGGCAAUUCCACUUCGACAAUGGAUUGAGGAUUAUGAUGAAUCGCUUGGAAAUGUUGAUGUGAGUAAAUAUAUAGUCUAACUUCUGGGGUGAAAAAAGUUUUUUGUAAAUUAUUUUUCAGGGCAUGGCAGGAGCCCCGGAAUUCCUCUCAUUUGGAAAACGAAAUAUUGCAAUUGGAAGAGGCGACGGACUUCGACCAGGAAAAUAA